AUGACCACUGAAAUAUUUCAAGCUUGGCUGCGUCAGCUAGACCGCCGCUUGGCGGCCAACGCUAGAAAGGUGCUGUUCGUGCUGGAUAACUGCAGUGCGCACACGAAGGUGUCCGGGCUCGAAAACAUUGAACUUCUAUUUCUGCCUCCGAAUACAACGGCUUCCCUGCAGCCGAUGGACCAGGGAAUUAUACAGUUUGUGAAAAGCCGCUAUCGACGGCAGGUACUCGAGCGUAUGUUGCUCUGCAUGGAGACAGGCAAGCAAUGCGAGAUAAGCCUACUCAGCGCAAUCCAUGUGCUCCCGUACGUGUGGAACAACACGCCACCUGAAGUAAUCGCCAACUGCUUCAGGCACAGCGGCUUCGUACACGACGCUGCUGACCCAGAUGUGGUGGCCGAUGUUGAAAGCGGCGAAGAGCAAGACGGGCGCUACGUUAACAUCAUGCCAGCUGAUGUGCGCCUGCGCGAUUACUUCGCAAUAGACAAUGAUGUUGCCGUUGCCGGCAUAGUGACAGACAGUGAUAUCGUCGCCGAGGUCAUGGAUGGGGAAGGGGAAUCGGCGGACGAGGACCCCAACGAUUCAGACGAGCGUCCACGCCCCCCAAUGACUGAGGCUGCGCACGCAUUGACCGUUUUAGAGGACAUCUGCAUGGUUUCCUUGGACAGUGUGCGCAGACUGAGUCAUUUACAGGAACUUCGCAAAAUUGUGAUUUCCUCGCACAUUUCCUCCGCGAAGCAAACCGCUAUCACAGACUUCUUUAAGAAAUAAAAGUCUGAUGAUGUCUGAAUCAUUUUUUAAGUGUUUUGGACAUACUCUCGAUAAUUCGGACCCUAGGUUAAUUCGGACAUUCUCUCCGGUCCCAUGAAGUCC